ACGCACGCACUCACACACAAACACACACACACACACACACACACACACACACACACACACACACACACACACACACACACACACACACACACAGUAUUUGUUUGGACUGAUAUGCAGAAGGAGAGAGGGAGACAGUGAAAAGGGGGAGGGAAAGCAAUACCCAACCAAAAGAGUAGAAACAGACGGAAUACUGAGCGAGCCUCCGAGUGUGUUCAAAGACAGAGAAGGAGUCAGAUAGGUAUGAGAGUCCUCAGGUAGGUGGACAGCAAAAAAGAAAAAAUUCAAAGUGAGCGAUAGGUUGACACAGAGAAGCCAAAGUGUAUAGGAUCAUGUCUCUGAAUGGGAGGGUGGCUCUGGUGACCGGGGGAGCUCAGGGCAUCGGGAGAGCCGUAGUCCAGUCCCUCCUACAGAGCUCAGCUAAGGUGGCUGUUGUUGACCUGAACAAGACCUGUGGUGACGAGUGCAAGAAACAACUGGACACGGAAUUUGGAGCUGACAGCAGCACUUUUAUUCAGUGUGAUGUUUCCAAUGGUGACUCACUGAGAGAUGCCUUCCAGAGCACCGUCGACCAGUUUGGUCAUCUAGACAUUGUCAUCAACAAUGCUGGAAUCAACAAUGAAAAGAACUGGGAGAAGACCAUUCAAGUGAACUUGACUUCUGUCAUAAAUGGGACCUACCUGGCUCUAGAACAUAUGAGUAAGGAGCAUGGCAAGGAAGGAGGCACAAUCAUCAAUGUUUCUUCUAUGGCAGCCUUCCUGCACUCUCCUCACCAGCCUGUCUACACAGCCACAAAACAUGGAGUCAUUGGUUUUACCAGGGUUAUGGCCGAUGCAUCUUCGCAGAGCGACUACGGCGUGCGCAUCAAUGUGCUGUGUCCUGCCUUUGUCGACACUCCUCUGCUCCACUCAGUAGAACAGGAGGAAAACAUGGGAAAAUUUGUCAAAUUCAAGGAUGAUUUCAAGCGCAGCAUGAACAAGUUUGGAGUUUUACAGCCAUCAAUGAUCGCAGAAGGUAUGAUGAGAUUGAUUAACGACACCAGCCUAAACGGUGCAGUGAUGAAGAUUACAUGCUCCAAAGGAAUCCACUUCCACACUUAUGAACCCAUGUCUGCUUGACCAUUGCAUAAUGGAUUACCCCGUGCUGGAGAGCUGAAGAGAGCAGUGGUACAAAGCUGUAACCUGAAAGACUGGAACAUAACAGUCUGAUAUGUCAGGACAUGUGGUGGGAAUCCUAUCAGUAUAGAACCCACAAAUGUUUGGAUUCUAGUGCACAACGUGGCUUGAACAUUACUUAAAUAUGUCAAUACAAAUAAAGGAACUAAUUUCUAUGACAAAAUAACAGAAUUAAUGCAGUACUAGCUUUAUUACCAAUGCAACCUUCAGAAAACCAAAAGUGCAAUACAAUGGACCUCCGGCCGCUAUUCCACCACCCAAAAAACCACAGUGGUCAUAGAAUCUGACAAAAGUAAUACAUUCAAAUGGAGUGCAAAAUAGACAAUGAAAAUCAGAUAUUAGUUUUGAAUUGUUUCAUCAGAAUUAUUUUGAAAACCAAAUGCAUGAAAUUGGCCUGGACAAAAAAGAUGACAAAUAUGACUUGAUAAAGUAAUGACUACAAUGAACUUUCAAUGAGACAUACACCUCUGAGCGGGUAUUUUGGCCCACUCAUCAUUGGCAAAUUGCGCCAGUUGUGCUAGGUUUGAAGGGUCUUAUAGCAUUUAUCUUUUAGGGUGCUUGUAUAAAUAGUGUUCCCUCGAUUAUCGCGCGGGUUUCGUUCCUGAAAAUGCCCGCAAUACGUGAAAUCCGCGAAGUUGAGGUUGGCUUUUUAUUUAAAUUUUUUCCCUCUAAAACUUGAUACACUUAAUAAUUUUACCUUUUAAAAUGCAAAAUGAAGAAUAAAUAGCGAGCCGCAGGCUCUGUGAGGAGUGUCUUCUGCCCGCCGGCAACAGACUAAUACAACGGAACGUUGGCUAAAACUUCAGUUAAAAUCUUUUUAUUUGAUCCUAAAAUGGCUUACCAGAACAAGACUCCUGCCAUGCAUUUUAGCCAAGGGUACAAUCCUGGUGGAUUAAUGCGACGUUCAACCUUUAAAAUCAAGUUUGAUGGCCAUGCCUGUUCCUCCUCUGCUGCUUCUUAUUGGUCGUCGUUAUCUUCUUGGUUGUCGUCUUCUUCUUCGUCCUUGUUGUUUUCUUCUCUCUUCUUUUAAAACCAGGAAGAAGCACUACUGCUGAUAUAUAUAUGCUGAUAUAUAUCCAUUAUAGUCAAUCAUGAAGCUUCUGUAAUUAAGUAGUGUCACAACUGUAACUAACUAUUAUUACCUAAGUAAUAUUUGCACAAAAACCAUGUGGGAUUGUUUGCAUUUGUGUUUUGACUUAGAAGGAUGUUUGCUGCCAAUUACCACACAUUGAGCAGUGAUAAUUGACAUUUGAAUAUACUGUUUGUUGAUGUUGUUUUACCUUAUCCUCAUAUGCAUGUAUGCAAAGGGGGCAGCUGCCAGAGUUGUGCUUGGAGACUAAAAGAGAAAAUCAAAAGUUAUUAAAGCUUUGGAGCAGGUGGAAGCAAAUGAAAUAAAAUCAAGACCAUGACACCUU